CACCGCGUUCAAAUUUGGAGCCUUUUGUUGAAAGUGACGUGUUUCCUGAUCAGUCCAGCUGGUCUCUUCCGUGGGUGGUCGCCAUGGCAACAGAGUUUCCACAGAGCCCUGGUUCAAACACAAGGCUGCCAUGAGUGGUGACACGCUUUUCCCUCUUCAAACCACUGACGUCAGUGCAAAGGUCCCUGUGGACCACCUGGACUAUGACUUCAUCGAAACGUGCAAGGAUGUCAAAUAUCUGGAGAAGAUAUUGAGAAUUUUGAGGUCUGGGGAAGAGGGCAUAUAUCCCCAUCUGAUCAAGUUCUGUGAAAGUCACUUGGAGAAGCUGAACCCUAAGAGUCGAGCCCUCAGGAAGGAAAACCCUGUUGCCACAAAAGCCAGUUUUUCUAAAGAUGAGUGGAACCAAAUCGUCAACGACUUAAUGACAUGGGCAGAAGAAACCAAGGAAACUGAAAGGUUGCUUAAAGAGGGGUCAGGGUUUAAUGACCUAGUAAAAGGGGAAAUACCUCCUGUAAGAAGUUCCAGUUCCUUUGUUCCACUUAGUGAGAAAUCAUUUCCAAAACAAAGAAUAAAUCCCUCAAAACGUAUUCUUCCUCGUGAUUACCAAGAAUGGGACAAGUUUGAUGUGGAAGGCGAAUGUGAGAAGAUAGAUGGAAACAUGCUAAAAAACGACCCACCCGCCAUUCUAAACACAGGAAAUCCCAACAUCAAGAGAGAAGUGGAUGCCUCAUUGCUGUCGCAACAGGAGAAGCUCCUUUUAGCAAACCGUGAAAAGGAUAAGGGCAACGAAGCUUUCAGAGCAAACGAUUACGAAGAGGCGGUUGCAUACUACACCAGGAGCCUUUCCAUUUUAGCCACUGUGAGUGCAUACAACAACAGAGCACAGGCAGAGAUCAUCCUGGAGCACUGGCACGAGGCCAUGAGGGACUGUCAGCAGGUGCUUGAGCUAGAACCAAGGAAUAAAAAAGCCCUGCUCCGUCGUGCCACUGUUCACAAUCACAUGGGGAACUUUCAAAUGGCCUCUGAAGACCUGAGGAUGGUGCUUCAGGAGGAGCCGAACAAUCCUGCAGCUAUUCAACUUCUGUCUAAAAUUGAGAAGAAGGUGUCAGAUUCUCUACCAGAGCAGCAAAGCAAGGGAAAAAAGCUCCUCAUUGAAGAGGUAGAAGAAGACUAUUACAAAGAAGAACAGGAGGAGCAGAGAGCUCGUCCGGUUCAACCCAGCCAGCCUGUGGGAGGGGAGAGGAGCUCAGCUGCUCCUGUCGUAAGGGGAGACAUGGGAAACGCUCAAAAAAAGCCCCACAGCAGAGGGGACGGGGGUCCGCACACGGAGUCCAGCAACUCGCACCAUGGGCACUGGAGGGGCAAAGGGGGGGCCUCGGAUAAGUACAAGGUCCCGGAGGAGUCAAAGGAGAAGGUGGCCAAUGGAUCAAGCAAGAGAGCAUCGACAGCUUCAGAGCAGGGGGACAAGAGCGGCAGCAGUAAGGGGACUACAGGUGGGGGCAAAGCAGAAGAAGCUGUCAAUCUGGAUGCCCCCUGUGGAGCCCUGCCACCACGACUAUCCCGGCUAAAGAAUGAAGGAAACCUGCUGUUUAAAAACGGACAGUUUGCCGACGCGUUGGAGAAAUACUCACAAGCCAUCCAGGGCUACACGGAUUCAGGCGUCGACAGUCCUGAGGAUCUGUGUGUUCUGUAUUCCAACAGAGCAGCGUGCUACCUGAAAGACGGCAACAGCCAGGAGUGCAUACAGGACUGCACCAGAGCCCUGGAGCUGCAGCCGUUCUCCCUCAAGCCCCUCCUGCGGCGGGCCAUGGCUUACGAGUCGCUGGAGCGUUACAGGAAGGCCUACGUGGAUUACAAGACGGUGCUGCAGAUCGACAUCAGCGUGCAGGCGGCACACGACAGCGUCAACAGAAUCACGCGGUUGCUGAUCGAGCAGGAUGGCCCCGAGUGGAGAGACAACCUUCCAGACAUUCCCAUAGUGCCGCUGUCGGCUCAGCAGCAUAGGCGAGAAGAGCCCCCCAGCCAAGAGGUCCUGCAGGCCCGAGCAGAGAAAGCCACCCAGGAAGCAGAAAGGAGAGCGGAAAUCCGUUUUUCAGCUUGGAAGCAAGAAGGGAAUGAAUUUGUGAAGAAGGGCCAGUACCAGGAGGCUCUGGGGAAGUACACAGAAUGCCUUAAACUAAAGCCAAAGGAGUGUGCUAUCUACACCAACAGAGCUCUGUGCUACUUAAAGCUGGAGAGGUUCCCAGAGGCCAAGCAGGACUGUGACACCGCCCUGGAGCUGGAACCUGACAACAAGAAGGCCUUCUACAGACGCGCCCUGGCCAACAAAGGCCUCCAGGACUACCUGGCAUGCAGCUCUGAUCUGCAGCAGGUGUUGCAGCUGGACCCCAAUGUGCAGGAGGCUGAGAAGGAGCUGGAGGAGGUCACAGUGCUGCUUCGGCAGAGCCUGGCCAGAAGCCCAGACGACAAAGCCAGGAAGACCGUCCCCAUCACAGAGGUUGACGACGACGAGGACAGAACGGACGCUCCAAACACGGAGCGGAGCCGCGCCGCGGACAACAUCAGCGUCAACCUCAAAGCUAGCAACGCCUAUGAAUUUGGCCAGUCCUUGAACGCAGCGCGCUGCAGCGGAAACACAGCAGCCUGCGCCGAACUGCUGGCCUCCACAGAGCCAGAAAUGCUUCCCAAGUAUCUUAGCAACCAGCUGGAUGGGAACACCGUCAGCUUCAUCAUGAAGGCACUCGACUCAGAUCUGUUGGAAAAAAACCCGAACUUGGUCUACCGGCAUCUCAGCCACCUCCACACCACUGACAGGUUCUCGGUCGUCCUCCUGCAGCUGGAGAAGGACGAGCGUCGCAUCAUGACUCAGCUCUUCGAGCAUCUCUCUGCUGCGGAGAGCGCAGAGUUCACCAGGGAUGACGUGGAGAAUCUGGCCAACAAAUACGUCUGACCCCCCCCCCCACCCCCCCAGCAUGAGCUGCUGCAACUCCCAUCUUAGCUCUAUGCAAAAAGAAUCCACCAGAACUGAGCUCACACGGCCUCAGAAUGUGUCCACAGAAGUACCGAGGAACUGAUCUGAGAUCUCUGUACAACUCCUCUGACUUUUGAAUGACCCUUUAUGGUCGUAUAAAGGUUCAUGAUAUUUUAUUUUUAUUUUUUUUUGUUCUGAAGAGUUUGCUAUGCAGAUUUUAUGCACCAGCACAAUCCACUUUAAUUGUACAUCUGGAUCAUUUCAUUUAGCAAAUGAAUGAAUGUGAUCCACCAUGCGACGUGGGCUUGGUCCAGUCAGAGGUCAGCUGGGAUUACAUAAGAGGAGCUCCUGUUCCCAGAACUGGGUUUUAUUUAUUUAAUCCACAAAGCUCUUGAAAUCUGUCAACCGAUAUAAGUGGCUGUCAUUACUCAGCCAUGUUUAGAGAAGGUUUGCCGUGCUCGAGCUACUUAAUGAAACUAGGGCCAUUUGCCACUGAAGUGCUGAAGAUACCUUGCUAAAAGGACCAAAAAAAACUAAAAUGUUCUGUCUGCGCUGUGACCUGCUGCUGUUCCUGCAGCGUGGCGUCGAGAAAAAUUCCCCUUCCUGUUUAAUUCUGUUUAAGCAACUAUGCAAUAAGAUGUGUGAAAUCGUAAAGUCCUUCUGAGGAGAUAGAGCCUUGGGUGGAGCGUCGGUCUGAACGCUCCUCUCCACAGCAGCUUAAACGUGGGAAAAGCUUUGGGUAAAGCAGCAUCAUCAGAUGUUUGCUUUACUUCUUGCCUGAGUCAACUUAUUGGAAGCAGCUGGACCUUUGAGCGUCCACGAACCUGCACAGAACACAACUACCAGAGUUUGUCCUCAUUUAAAGCUACGAUUUACACGUUAAAAGAAUAAAUAUUAUACAUCGUCGUUGCAGAGAGCUGGCCCAGUUCUAAAAUGUUUUGUUCUUCAUGAAUGUAAAGUUAAGUUCAGGGACCCACAGUGGGGGCAAGAGGCAAUAAUUACACAUUUUUCAGUUCUCAACACCGUGGUUUUAACUGUAUGUUUCAGUAAAGUUGUCAUCUGUACAGAAUUCAGAGGCCUGUUCAAUAAAGUCAAAGAAAAUCUGUUU